AUGGCCUUUGAUGCGGCAGUCGCAUCCGUUACCCUCACGGGUAGCAUCCUCUCUUUUCUAGCAACUACGGGCGUGUUAAUUUCCUUCAUUUUCUACCACGAUCAACAACGCUCUUUCCGCCAUGCUCUCGUCCUCAACCUGACGUUGGCCGAGUUCAUCAACUCUCUCAACAAUACCGUAUCCGGAAUCAUCUUCAUCAAAGACAAAGAUCUGAGGCCCGGCGCGGCAUGCGUGCUGAACGGCAUGAUUGGGCAGCUAUCUGUCCAAGCCUCCGACUUCUCCAUCUUAGCCAUAGCCGUAGUCACUUUCCUCACCAUUACACGGAAGACGUACAUGCCCAAUACUUCGACAUUCAGGAAGUUCAUCAUUUGCGCUUCCGUCUGGGUGGUCCCGAUCAUCACGAGCGCCACGGCGACCGGCAUGGGCCAGAUGGAACCCGUCAGCGGCAACUGGUGUUGGAUCUCCCGCAACCGACCCGACCUUCGAUACUCCCUUACACACGGAUGGCGCUUCGCCAUCAUCUUUACUACGAUACUCAUCUACCUCUACGUCUGGUGGUACCUCGGCCGCCACUUCCGCUCCAUGGUCGACACGUCAGAUCCCCUCUACGAUUCAACCAACUCUGGCUCUAGUGUCGGCAACGUCAUGGCCUCUUCCAUUCGCAAAAAGCAAGGAUUCGAGAUUAUCCCAACGCCUGAGUUAGAAAUGGACCAAUUCGAACGACCGAAGCCCACGUUCAAGGAACCGUUCAAGACGACAUCGACACCGGACGACGACGAAUUGAAGGAGUGGUCGAACAAGGUCAGCGGUGGUGUUGGUCCGACCGAGCGGACUGUCUCCUUUGAAUCAGACGAAGGGGUCGAGCCCAUUACAAAGCCAGCGAGGGCAUCUGUCACCGCUGAUGACGUGGAGGGACAGAGAAAAAUGUCCGCAAGGAUAUCCCGCUUUGACGACAACGAGAUGGACUUGAGCCAGGCUUCCGAGGCCAGAUUCUCAUACCUUGAGCAGGAGGAUAAGCUGCAACAAAGCCAGUUCGGAGGGCCCUCUGCCUACCAUCGCGACAUGCGAAGGCCAUCAGCCAUGUCCGCACGGUUUUCCAAGUACGGGUUCCCUGACCUGUCCUCCAAGCGCAAGGGAUCCAGGAGCAGGAGCUCAACUCUGGAGUGGCGCAUGCCACCAAAGAGAGACUUCUCCGCCAGAGAUUUCCCGCAAAACCCAAGCCUCAAGAACGUCGCCAGCAAGCAGCCCGCUGCUGAGAACGUGACGGCCACGAUGAUGAGCGACUUCCCCAUCCGGUCACAGACGAGAAAGGUUGAGCGCGAGAUCAAGCGCAUGAUGCUUCUCAACGCGUACCCCGUCAUGUACGUUCUGUUGUGGAUUCCCGGCCUCGUCAACCGUCUUAUGGAGGCCUCUGGCAAUACAUCUCAAAGUCGAGUUCUGGCCGCCCUCCAGAGCUCAAGAUAA